CCCAGUGCUUAGCCAUUUCCUCGUCCCACUUCAGAACAAUUUCUAUUUUCUCACUCCUAUUUCCCAUUACAAUGGCUUCUUCAAGGUUUUCAAAUCACUUAUUGUUUCUCUCUCUUGUAAUUAGCUAUCUGAUGUUUGCAUUUUCUGGGAACUUCAACGAAGAGUUUGACAUCACCUGGGGAGAUGGUCGAGCUAAGAUACUUAACAAUGGGGAGCUGCUUACCCUUAACCUUGACAAAGCUUCUGGGUCAGGAUUCCGAUCCAAGAAUGAGUAUCUGUUUGGGAAGUUUGAUAUGCAGCUCAAGCUUAUUCCUGGCAACUCUGCUGGUACCGUCACUGCCUAUUAUUUAUCUUCUAAAGGGUCGACUUGGGAUGAGAUUGAUUUCGAGUUCUUGGGGAAUUUGAGCAAUGAUCCAUACAUUCUCCACACCAACGUGUUUAGCCAAGGCAAAGGCAAUAGAGAGCAACAAUUUUACCUGUGGUUUGACCCAACUGCAGAUUUCCACACCUAUUCCAUCCUGUGGAAUCCUCAACUUAUCAUCUUUUCUGUGGAUGGAACUCCCAUUAGAGAGUUCAAGAACCUGGAGUCAAUCGGUGUUCCAUUCCCAAAGAAUCAACCAAUGAGGAUUUAUUCUAGUCUAUGGAAUGCUGAUGACUGGGCUACAAGGCAUGGUCUUGUGAAGACAGAUUGGACUCAAGCUCCUUUCACUGCUUCCUUUAGGAACUUCAAAGCAAAUGCUUGUGUUUGGUCCAAUGGAGCAUCUUCUUGUGGUGCAAAUUCUUCUUGGAUUUCAGAGGAACUUGAUUCAACAAGUCAGGAGAGGCUGAAAUGGGUGCAGAAGAACUAUAUGAUAUAUAAUUACUGCACUGAUACUAAGAGAUUUCCACAAGGACUUCCUCCUGAAUGUAUCAUGUCUUGGCUCCAUCAUGAAUUGGGUAUUAAUUAUGUAUAGUGAAUUUAAUAAAUUUUCAACUUUGAUUAUUAUUUUGUCAGAAUA